AUGAGUAGCCAAGCGCUUUCGUCUUUUAAUCUAAUGACAUCAUCAGGGAUAGCCCUGGAAAGUAAACAUGACAGAGAUGCCUGUCUCAACAACCUUAAGCUGAACGUGAACGUUCGCGACAGCAAACGUCACGCGCGUCAUCAGCAGCAGCAGCAGCCGGACAACGCGACCUACACGAAACGGACCAAUCGCAAGUUGAUUCAGGGCAGCUUGGAAAACGUCUCGACCAAUCCGUGGGGAGAAGGCGGCCAACUUGCCGAAGAACCGUCGAGCCUGAGACGGAGCCGCAGCUUGGCGAUAUCGCGCGAGACUAUCUUCACGAGCUUGGACUUUUCGAGAGCUUCGGCUGCAGCUGCACAAAAUCGAAGGUCGCAGCUAAUACCGAGAGCGAAGCUUAUCGACAGAUCGGGCGCUAGGGAACAAAGAUACAAAGGGAGCAGCGUAGAAAAUUUGGAAGCGACCGGCAAAAGACCGGCAUCGAAAUCGAGACCGGAAUCGAAUCCACCAGCGCACCAUCAAGUCCAGAACAAAUCACGUCGAAGCAGACUGACGCAAAGGGACGACGAAAUCUACGCUUACGCGUCCCUUAACAAUAUCAACGACAAGAAUAUUUGGGACGUCGAACAGGAUCGUUUGGGUCCCUAUUUCAAAAACAAAUCGACUUCGAAUAACCUUUACAGAGCUUCCUACGAGGAUCUGCAAGAAUUAAGUCUUCCGAACUACUAUCCGGAUUCUAAGUGCGACACGGACUUUACUGACAACAUUUCCAUAUACGAGAAUACUUCCUGUGUAUCUUUAGACACAAAUAAUAACGUGGCAAAGCCUUCGUCGUCUAUAGUUGGCCGAACGAAAUAUUCUUCCACCGGAAAUAUUUCAAACAUUAACUGGGAAAUAAGCGGCCCUGAAAGCAUUCCUUACGACGAAAACAUCCUAUUAAGCGCCAAAAAGAGUUACAGCGACAAUAACUACGCUAAACCGAAAACAAUACGCGGACCGACCCCGUAUCACGAAAAUUAUACUUACAAUAAGCGUCGAAAUUCAGUUUCGCAGGCUAAUUACGAGAAGCCGAGUCAGGAUAUAAGCCAACGAAACGAGGAAGAUAUAAACGUUAGUUACUUCGAAACAAAUAAGAAGUUGGAAGAGAGCGAAACGGCCAAAGUAAUCUCGAUACACGAAGGCGACAAUUAUGACAAUAUAGAAAACAAUCCCGUAUACGGCAAAUUAGUGUCGAAAAAGAACAUUGAAGUUUCUCCGCUUAAAACAAAUAAAAAAGAACAAACUAUUACAGACACUGCCGAUCCUAUUAGAACUCUCAUUGAAGUUCCAGCAGAAAUUAAUAACGAAAGUGACGAGCAGUAUAAAACAAUAGUGGCCGUGGAAAGCGAAAACACAACGAGCGAAGAGGACAGUAAAUCAAACAAAUCGAAACAACAUAGUCACAACUACCUGAGGGAGUUCCUGGAGACGCAGAAAGGCUCGAAGAAACCCCUACAGAAUUUCAUUGCUAAAAAACUUUCUAAUCUAUCGCGUCGAAACUUCAAAGAUAAUCAAAGCUUAAGCGAAAACCAGUUUUUGUCGUUGCCCGAUAUUAGUGUGAGCGAAAAUUUGAAGAAGUGCGAGAAAAUCGAUAAAAAGUUGCGUAAGUGCGAGAAAGAUAAAAGUAAUUCCAAAGAAAACAGAUUCAUAGUAAACAUUGGCAGACAUUUUGAUAUUACGGCUAAUGCUAAUAUACCGGUGGAUUUCGAAGUUAAAAUCGCCAAGGUGCCCAAGAAAAAUAAAUCCGUAAAGAAGAAACCUGUAAGAAAAGAGAAAUCUGAUAAGCAGUUAAUUGAAGCAGUGAGAAACUUAAAACAAACUUUAAGCGCGAGCUCUAUAAGCCUUGAUGAGAACUAUAGACCACCAGAAAUAUUAGAAAGUAAAGAAGACUUCCUGGAUAAAGACAAAGACGAACUAGAAAUCGAAAUGGAGAAAACAGAGUGCACCAAAGAAUAUAAAGAAAAAGUUGACACGAUGAGAAACUAUUGGGGUAAAAUUGCGGAUACAGAAAAUAACAACGAUAUAGAAGAGGAAGGUUUAACAUGUAAAAUAAUCGAUUUGCAAACCAAAGUAGAAGAUGUUAAAAAACGGUUUGAACCGCAAGAACCGGAAGAAAAACCAUUUAAUAAAGUAACACUUGUAAAGCAGUUAUUUGAAGUAAACACCCCUGAGAAAAGAGAAAAAAUAUCGCCCUUAAUUAAGGAAAAUUGUAGCUAUUUUGAAAGAAACCCCAGGAAAAAUAUAUUUUUCGAUAGCGACGCAAUACAACUCGAAAGUCUCAACCCUAAUAUAGUGGAAAUCAUAGACAAGAAUACAAACAAAGAAGAAAAGCAUGAUAAACCGAAAUCAAACCACCAAAAACGCACAUUAUCAAAAUCAAACAGUACUGGUUACCCAGAAUUUGACCACGUUCGAUACAGAGUAGUAAAAUCCGACUUAUUCCAGAAAAAAAUAUUUGCAAAUUGUGACAAAGAAAGUCAAUUCAAGGGCUUAAUGCAGUAUCUACAAGACUACAGCUUCCAAGAACUUUUAAUAGACAAUAAUAUAGUUAUUAUUGAACCAAUUAGAAGUAAAGUACAAUACGAGCCAGUAAAAACUUCUAAAAAAAUUAGCACGAACGUAACGCCUUUAUUGCAAAAGAUUAAUAAUGAUGAUGAUGCUAAUAGUUUAAGAAAACAUUUCUUCUAUCACCCGAUACGUGUAAAUAAGGAAGUAAAUGAUGACGAACUGCCUAAUCCUGAUACGGUUAGGCAGGUGAGGCAAUUCUUCGAAUGCGGUUUAAAACGAUCACAGAGCAACCAAGAAAUCGAAAACUCGGGUAAAGAAAAAUAUGGCAAAGACGAUCCUGACAAAGAUCAUUGUUCUGCAACUGACUCAAAUUCGAAUCCUUCGAACAUUUCCGACUUUGGAAGUCAGGAAAAUCUUUUCGACGAUGAUGUAGAAACAGAGAAUUGUUGUGAACAGCAAUUUGUAAGCGAGGAUAUUCUUGAGAAAAUAAGAGAAUGCGGCUCAACCAUAACUUAUUACGGCGGCAGGGUGGUUAAGCAAGACAACGGUCAGCCCGUUUUAACAAAAGCUAUAAUGAGAGAAAUCCGGAACAACGAAAGGCGUAGCUGUAGCUGUAAAAAAUCCGGCGAAAACAAAGACGAUAACGACAUAUAUGAGGGCGUCAAGUUUAAAUUAGUUAAAUCUAAUAGUUGUAGCAGUAGGGUAGAGUUGGUGGGAACUAAGAAUUUAUCCGAUUCGAAAAAGAAAUACUUUGCAAGGUACAAAAAACUCCUGGAAGACAGAAACCAAAAGAAUGAAACAAAUACUUGCAUUAAAGAAGAGAUGAACGAGAAUGAUAAUUCACAAACUCAAAGCGAUAAUUUACAAAUUCAAACAAUAACAGAUAAGAAUGCUAUAAAUGAGAGCAUAAGACAAAGCUCCAUUAAUCACCAACCUAAAAUUAUAGGGGAAGAAAUGAAAAUUAAGGAUAACAAGUUGGUUCAAUGGGGAGAUGUAAAAAAAGAAAAAAUAUAUUCUUCGAUUACUUAUAGUGAUAAAUCAAACCAAAAAAAUUACUACGAAUUCCACAAUUACGACAAAAUUCAAGCGAACCCCCACAAACCUGAGAUGGAGUUCGAACCCUAUGAAGUGGCUUAGGUUAAGAAACAUCGAAUUAAAUUGUUAGUCAGUAUUUUAGGCAUUCCAAUGCUAAUGUGAUUAGUAUUAAAAGAAAUUGUAAAUUAUUGUAAAAUAUUUUUUGAAUAAGGAAAUGGGUAA